UUCAGGUAGUGACAUGCAGUAGUGGUUCUGUUUAGCUUCUGCAGUUGGGAACCAGAAAGCCCAGCAACAUGAAGUGGUGGACUUCUAUGAAAAAAUUUCGUAAGAGACUCUGUAUUUUUCCAGAACGAGCAAAAAGCAGAACGGAAUCUGGUAGGUGUCUGGAAAAUGGAGAAGACUUUGAACAGAAUUCAUCCUGUUUCUGAUCCAGAAGCAACAUAUUUUCUACAAGUAUCAUGGGAAAAAGAUUUAGGAACUGGCUUUGGUAUAAUACUUAGUGAUGGUCAAUGUGCAUGGACUGGGACAGUGUCUGAAGCUGAAAUUUCUAGGGAGGCUGCUGACAUGGAAAUGAAUAGAGAAAAGUAUGUUGAAGAACUGAAGAAAGCAUUGAUAGCUGGAGAAGAAUCAGCUGACAAAUACAACUUUGCUGUUUCAAGAGAUGAAGAAAAUAUGGAGUGUCACUUCUGCUAUGAAAGAAAUCUGAAAGAUGGCUCUUUUAGACUUGGAUCUCUGAAGCUACAGAAAGUUUUGAGUCCGGCAGAGGUGGUUAAGGAGCUGAUUGGUUACUGUCUGGACUGCCUGGGAAGACUGCAUGCGAAAAAUGAGCAUCUGCAAAAAGAAAACGAAAGGCUCUUCAGCAGCUGGAGCGACAUGGAGAAGCUGCUGGAAAAAUGUGUGGAAGCUAAAGAAGAACUAGAGGCAGAUCUUUAUAACCGGUUUAUUUUGGUGCUGAAUGAGAAGAAGGCAAAGAUAAGAAACUUACAGAAGUUGUUGAACGAAGCUAAAGAAGCUAAAGAAUCUGCAGUAGGUGCCAAAUGUACAAGGGUUAGCAUAGCCACCACUCAGAUGGCUACAGGGAGAGAAAAUGACUAUGAUGGCAACACUGAUGAGGAAAGUGAAAAUUUAACACAGGCCUCAUUACCAUCAGCACCAGAACGGAGGCAUUCCCUUCUGGGUAGCCCAGAUGUCAUUGAUACUGCUCCAAGAAGAAAGCGAAGACAAAGGACAGCAAAGCCUGCCGCCACAGGAGCUAAGAAGGCUAUUCAUGAGACAGAAGUGCCAGCCAAGGAAAAACCUGAUCUGGCCUCCCAGAAGACAUCGGACAAGCAUUUGCUGGAUGUGAUGUCUCUCGAAACACUGGAAAACACUUGUGAGCCAGAGGACCUCUUUGAUGACAUCUAGCUAUGUGUUGGCUGAGAAACUGAGAGACUGGUGCUUCUAACGGAGAUAAGCUAUAAAACUAAAAAGCUUUGUUAUAGACACUGAGCUGAAAUCUUUAGUCUGCGGUGGUGUUCGAUGACAUAUUGCUCUAAUCCUCUUGCACUGCACUUGUCCCCAUUCUUCACUACGCAGCUGUAGACCCUUGGCCUGCUAGGCUUGAUUGGUGACAGCCUUGAAAUCAGUUCAGCCUCUGUGUAGAUCUUUUAUCAUGUGUAUCUGGGGAAGGAGAGCACCAUCAUAGCAUUUUUACAUCCUAACAGUCUCUGGCUGCUGAUUGUAUCCAGGAUCAACUGAUUUCCAGAUGUCCCCAGAGAACGAGUCAGACUUAAAGAAGAUGAAGCCUACCACUGUACUUAACUUACAUACUGCCCCUUUCUUGAGAAGCUCAGCUUAGACGUGGCCUAGCUAAAUUGUCUUCAACUUUGAUUGAGAUACAGCUUCCUAAACUGUGAGUUUAGAAUAUCUUCUGGUGUGAAGCAUCCAAAGAAAUGUCCUUCCACUAUUUACUUGAAGGUUCUCUGUGGCAUUAUGCGUUAGAUGAUAUUCUUGCUUUUGGGAGUAAAGUGCUUAUAAAGUCAGUAUUGACUCUAUUUUAACCUUCUGUAGAAACCC